GUAGAAUAAAUUAUUUUUAAUAAAAAUAAAAUAUUUGUACUAAUUUUUAUUGAUCGGAGAAUAAAUUACAGUUUUUGUUUGAUUUAAAUGCCAGUUUUUACAUAAAAUUUUUGUACACUUUCUAGAAUUUAAUAAAAAACGUACUUGUGCUCUUAACUUCAAAUCCGGAUUGGUACAAGAACAAAUCAAAUUAGUUGGGUUAGAAUAUUUGAAAAUUUUGAAGUUAUGUGAUGUUGACUUUUUGGAUAUUUCAAUAUAUAUAAAAAGUAUAUAAUGGCACAUCGGCUUUUAACAGGUUACAGAGGAUUAGAAAAUUUAGUGUGGAAAACUUUUAAACAGUGCAAUGUAAAUGCUUCUCAGAGCAAUUUUUCAUUAAAAAAAGCUGUUUUAACUGAAUGGCGAUUAUUUUGCGAGAAACCUCCAAAAGGUUUCGAAAAGUAUUUUAAACAAGGUAGUGCAAAGGAACCUACAAAAGAAGCAAAAGAAGUGAAAGGUAAAGAUGGUAAAGCUAAGCCUGAAAAAGAAGCUCCAAAACCUCCUCCUAGUAAGAGUACGGGCCCUAGUACGAGUUCAAAACCUUAUGAACAAUGGUCUUUUGGAUUAUUUGGAGGAACAGGACGAGGAGGUAGUGGUGGCAAACCAUUUGGUGAUAGUGAAAGAGAUAAAUGGUAUGUCCUAGGAGCAGCUGCUGCUGUAGCGUUCCUAGCUACAGUGACUAUGUGGGAAAUGGGCUAUAAAGAGAUAAGCUGGAAAGAAUUUGUUCAAAGUUAUUUACAAAGGGGAAUAGUAGAACGACUAGAAGUAGUAAAUAAGAAAUGGGUACGAGUUAAAUUAUUACCAGGAAAUACAAUCGAAGGAGCUAAUGUUUUAUGGUUCAAUAUUGGAAGUGUAGAUUCGUUUGAAAGGAAUCUGGAAAAUGCGCAGAUGGAUAUGAAUAUGGAACCAGCUAAUUUUAUUCCUGUUAUUUAUAAGACGGAGAUAGAAGCAGCAAGUUUAUCUGGUAUGCUACCAACAAUUUUGGUUAUAGCUUUCCUUAUUUAUAUGAUGAGAAGAUCCGCUGAAAUGAUGGGUGGUAAACGAGGCAAACGAGGCGGAGGUCUAUUCGGAGGCGUUAUGGAAAGCACAGCUAAAUUAAUAAAUUCUAGUGAUAUCGGAGUAAAAUUCAGAGAUGUGGCUGGUUGCGAAGAAGCAAAAAUAGAAAUAAUGGAAUUUGUAAAUUUUUUAAAAAAUCCUCAACAAUAUAUAGAUCUAGGUGCUAAAAUACCCAAAGGAGCCAUGUUGACAGGUCCACCCGGAACUGGUAAAACCCUUUUAGCCAAAGCUACAGCAGGUGAAGCGAACGUGCCUUUCAUUACAGUAUCAGGAUCAGAAUUUUUGGAAAUGUUUGUGGGUGUCGGUCCUUCUAGGGUUAGAGAUCUUUUUUCCAUGGCUAGGAAACACGCGCCUUGUAUCCUGUUUAUCGAUGAAAUAGAUGCAGUUGGUAGAAAGAGAGGCGGAAGAAGUUUCGGUGGACAUUCAGAACAAGAAAAUACCCUUAAUCAGUUGUUGGUUGAAAUGGAUGGUUUCAAUACGACCACUAAUGUCGUCGUUCUAGCAGCUACUAAUAGGGUCGAUAUAUUAGAUAAGGCGCUUCUUAGACCUGGUAGAUUCGAUAGACAGAUAUUUGUACCGGCACCUGAUAUUAAAGGAAGAGCUAGUAUUUUUAAAGUACAUUUAGGUCCUCUCAAAACUAAUCUCGAUAAAAGCGAAUUAUCCAGAAAAAUGGCCGCUUUAACACCCGGUUUCACCGGCGCUGAUAUAGCCAACGUUUGUAACGAAGCCGCUUUAAUAGCAGCUAGAGAUUUAAACGAUUCGAUUACAAUGAAAAAUUUCGAACAAGCAAUCGAAAGAGUUGUAGCCGGCAUGGAGAAAAAAACUAACGUUCUAUCACCCGAAGAAAAGAAAACCGUAGCUUACCACGAAGCAGGACACGCCGUAGCCGGAUGGUUCCUACAACACGCCGAUCCAUUAUUAAAGGUUUCUAUAAUACCUAGAGGAAAAGGAUUGGGUUAUGCUCAAUAUUUACCGAAAGAUCAGUAUUUGUAUAGUAAAGAACAACUGUUUGAUAGGAUGUGUAUGACGUUGGGCGGAAGGGUGUCCGAAGAAAUAUUUUUCAACAGGAUAACGACAGGGGCGCAAGACGAUCUCAAAAAAGUCACCCAAAGCGCUUACGCUCAAGUUGUACAUUACGGAAUGAACGAUAAAGUUGGUAAUGUCAGUUUCGAUAUGCCCAGAGAGGGUGAAAUGGUUAUGGAGAAGCCCUAUUCGGAAAGUACGGCCCAAAUGAUCGAUAUAGAGGUUAGGAAAUUAAUCGAUGGGGCCCAUAAGAAGACUACGGCUUUACUCACUGAACGUAAAGAACUAGUAGCUAAAGUAGCUGAACGUUUAUUGAAAAAAGAGAUAAUCAGUAGGGAGGAUAUGAUUGAAUUGUUGGGAAAACGACCUUUUCCGGAAAAAUCGACUUACGAAGAGUUUGUGGAAGGAACCGGUUCGUUAGAGGAAGAUACAACGCUUCCAGAAGGUUUGAGGGAUUGGAAUAAGGAAAAAUUGAAGGAACCGCCUUGUCCGCAACCUCAAGCUUGAGGAUUUUAGAUGCGAGUAGUAGUUUCUUUUUUAUUAUCAACGUUUAGGUGACCUUCAUCAAAAAAUAUUUUCUUAAAUAGUGGAAAAAAAAUGUUUUUAUGUGAUUGUUUACUUUUUGUACUUCGGUGUGAAAAGUUUUUGAUUGAAGUGUCCGGUGAUUACAUAAAGAAAAUACUUUUUGUAUUUGGAAAUUGCGUCUUUUAGGUUUGUUUUUGUUGAUGACAAAAUAAAAUUCAGUUUUAUUAUC